GCUUUUUAAAUGAACGAGUACAUUUCCAUACAAAUUAUUAAUUAAUUGGCAACCAGGUGGCACUCUAUUAAUGCAGGAGCACUAUAACAUUCGCCAUGGAAUCCCUGUACCAUCAAACGAAUAACACCGUCAAGGAAAUCGAGCAUGCCUUUCAGCGGCUCGGCCAAAUUAGUACCCAGGAGGCGCUUGACGUGGAAAACUCAAUUCAAUUGAAAAUAACGCAAGCCAAUUCCAAUUGCGACCGGCUGGAUGUGCUGCUCUUCAAGGUGCCGCCAUCGCAGCGUCAGAGCUCGAAGCUACGCGUGGAUCAGCUCAAGUACGACCUCAGACACCUGCAGACAUCGCUGCAGCAUGCCAAGGACCGCCGGCAACGCCGGGAGCAGGAGAUCUCGGAGCGUGAGCAGCUGCUGAACCAUCGGUUCAGUGCCAACAGCACGCAACCGGAGGAGACGUGCCUGCAGCUGGACUACGAUCUGCAGCACCAUACGCAGCUGGGUAGUGCUCACAGAGGAGUGGACGACAUGAUCUCGUCGGGCAGUGGCAUACUCGAGAGUCUCAUAUCGCAGCGCAUGACACUGGGCGGAGCGCACAAGCGCAUCCAGGCCAUUGGGAGCACUCUGGGUCUGUCCAAUCAUACAAUGAAGCUGAUAGAGCGCCGGCUGGUGGAGGAUCGAAAGAUAUUUCUGGGGGGAAUGCUGGUCACGUUACUGAUCAUCGGACUGAUUAUAUACUUCUUAGUGCUGUAGUGAAAGGAAAAGGGAAGAAAGAGCAUUCGCAUUCGUUGAGUUUAAAUUAAAUGUACUCUAUUUUGUAAAUGGUAAA